UUUGUCUAUGCCGCAUAACUGUGUGACCCGCGCGCGUGCCGUGUUUUAGGAAUAGUCACCCCAUUGCACCAAGGGGGAAAAAAUACGACCAAAGGAAAGGGAGGGAAAGAAAAAGUGAGUGAGGAAUAUGAACUUCCUUUGGGCUCUUAUUUUUAAGCAUUAUCGCCAGUCUUACAGACAGUUUGCAAAUGUGUGUUCAACUAAGUUUUUAUAUUUGGAAAUGUAGUCAAAGUCUCUGGAACAAAAUGUAAUUCCAAAGGAUUGUGUCGUUUCUUUUUUUGUGUGUACGUACAUCAACGACGUUUUGUGUUUCACUUUUUAUAUAACGUUUUAAAUCAAAAGAAUAGGCAACAAGAAACCAAACUUCUGUAGAUGACUGAACCGCUGUCGUUACGGAAACCUCUCUUGUAUCCCCAAGAUGAUCAAUGCGUCCCUGGUUGAGACGACGGAUGCACCUUCUACUUUAACCCCUGAUUGGAUCCGCGCCAUCUACUCCAUAUACCUCAUCUUCAUCAUCGCCGUCGGUCUGCCGGGCAAUAUCAUCAUAGCCAUCAUCUACGGGCGCCAGGUGCCCAAGACGGCUUGCGAUUGGCUGAUUUUUACGAUGGGCGUAACCGAUGCUGUGGUUUGCUUCUUCUCGCCCAUCCUGAACCUCAGAUCUGAGUUUGAAACGGAAAUUCCCGGAAUGAACGGAAUCUGGUGCGGUCUCGAGUAUUUCCUACAGACCACCGCCAUGAUUGCCUCCUUGAUCAUACUCGUGGUCAUCGCCCUAGACCGCUACAUCAAAAUCUGCAAACCGAGAUACCAGUCGCUAACGCCUCCGAUGGCACGCCACGUCUGUGGUUGGACGGUUCUCGUUUCCGGUGCCCUUUGUGUUUAUCCAACGUCAGGAAGCUUUACGGACGACAUAUGCCUGCAUAACACCGUCACGCCCAACGGCACAAUGAAAGUGUAUUUCACCUGUGUGUUCUGUGUCUUCGUGUUCAGCUUCAUCCUGGUCACCUUCGCUUACUUCAGCGUCUGCAAGCAAAUAGGCGAGAAAAUCAAAAUCAAACAGCGCCUGUUGGAUAACGACGGCGUAACCUCGAACACUUCGUUUCAAAGCACGUGGGAAAGCAAGGAGCCCCUGGGCUCAUUUUUGCUUGGCUGCUGCAAAUCAAGUCGAGAAACAGCCCCCAAACCUCACUCCAGCAAUAAGGAGGAUGACGAACGCGCCGCGUUUCUUCGUUCCACUACUUCCCCCCAAAUCAACGUCGAUCAAGCAGAACCGGACUCUGUCGAAGUCAGCUUUGUUAACGAAGAAAACAUGUCAGCAUGUGAGGCUCGACCUUUGACGUUGCUCGCUUCACAGCCUCGUCUAGAAAAAAUGAAUGCCAUCGAUUACGACCCAGACACUGAAAUAACUCAUGUGGUCGAUGACGUAUGUUUGGUCUAUAACCAUUCUCAGAUAUCCCCGACUGGACAGCGUCAAGGACUUGAUGGGCCACUUGCACAUUGCGAUGAAAGGGACGCCAGCAUAGAGCGAUUUCCCACAAACGCUUUGGGUUGCCCUCCAGCAUCAGAACAACGUCUUCCGUCUGCGCAGUUUGACUGCGCACAUCUUUUUUCGCAGGGGAGUCGAUUCGAUCGAAAAAGAAAUUUUAUUCUAAAACCAACCCGAAAUGGCCGCGUACAGCUCAUCUAUAAUGCAUCGCUAUCUGAACCAAGUCUGACAAGAAAUUUCAGCCCUUAUUCCCAUGACGAUUCAGAUGAUGGAGAUGAUGUGUGUAAAAGCGAUAGCGGACAUUUUUUAUCCAGGGCUGCGAAAUGUAACGACACCGGUAUUGACGGCUUCUGUUUGUGUGUUAUUGACCACGUGACACAGCGUAGAAACGCGCAUUUUUACUUAGGUGACGAUAGAGACGUCAGGGACAAAAAUUUAGCAGACGACACGCAAUGCCGAUUGGCAAGGUUACAAUCUUGUAAUGAAUGCAUAAUCAAAUCAUUCUCGCGCCCUGAAGACCAUCCGGCUCACAAUAAACGCACCGGCGCUGCCGGAGUGGUCGAUUCAUAUUCUAGAAAUUGGAACCGAUGGGCGACGUCUGCUUUCAAAAAAGAUAAACAUCUGUGGCCGCGCAACAUACAUCUUAGUGACAGAGUCCUGAAAUUGAUCUUGUCAUCCACGGCGUUAGGAGGCGCGCAGGCUAAUCGCUGUGUGUGCGCUUACCGUUUCAAACGGUAUCACUCCUUUUCAUGCUUGGAGACAAUGCAAUCCCCGAAGCGCGAACAAGAUAUCAGCUACACAGCACAGGAAAGUGCAUCUUCGAAGAACUCUGGUCAUCAUGUCACGGAGCAUAGUACAAACGGAAGAACAGAUUCUCUUUCAAGAAAAAAUUCGAAUAACUUGCGCUCCAAGUUCUCAAAGCCUAAUUCCGAUAUGAAAUGUGAAUUAGAGACACGUGAUAACAGAGAGCCUUCAGAUUAUGCAAAAUUAAACUCUGAUAAUAACGAGUCACAUUUAUCACAAAAGUGCCAAACCGUCAGACAGAACAGCUCCGCCAGAGAUCUAGCUUGCGAAGACGUUGCGCCAACACCGUCACACCAGCUCCAAGCGGUCAUGAAGCACACGCACAGCAUCACCUCGAAGGGCUCCAGGGAUUCCAAGAGAACAAAGCACUCGUCUUUCGAGGAUGAGAGUGCGGUGGAAGAAGACAAGGAUGCCUACGGCGACUUGGCCACGGCCAUUUUCUUGUCGAAGCUGAGACGGGGUCGAGAGCACGGCUCCAAAACGUCCAAGAGUUCUGUCAAGUCUUCAGGCAGUCGAAGAAGGUUCGCCAAAGAACGACAGAUGACCUACAUGUUGCUGUGUGUCACCAUUGCGUUUCUUCUUUCCUGGAUUCCGCCCUGGAUUAUCUAUAUGACCAGCUUUUACGCCUCUACAGAGGGACUUGACCCCUUGCUCGACCGUGUGAUCUUCAAACAGCUGACCACGAUACAGCUCGUCAACUUCGUGGUCAAUCCAAUUAUUUACUAUGUUUUCAACCCGACCUUCCGGUCAAAGGUCGUGGACCUCAUCCCGUUACUCCCUAAGAGUGCUCUCGGCGCUGAGAAAAGUUGAGGACAUUCUAUGACCAACUAGCUUUAAUAAUGAACACCGGAAAACAAUGCGCGAAGCACAUUGUGUUCAACUUGAGGCAGGUCAUUGUGCCUCGUCACGACUAAUUUGUGCUAACCAGGUCAAUGCAAGGUUGAUUGACCACUGUCACCGGACAGCAUAGCUCCCAUCAGCUCUAGAUGAACAGUGUAAGAUUGUUACCCUUGGACCAAGUUGAGAGGACAGAGGGGCAAUUUUUUGUCACUAAGUUGAGCGUUAAUAAUUUUGAUUGCUGUUAGUUGCUGUUAAAGCAAUCCUCGACAUUGUUUCUUAAUAUGCCAUUUUGUUUCUUUAAAUAUGUAUAUUUUAUUUUAUUUAUUUUAUUUUUUAUUAAAUUUUUGUAUUCAGCUUCUUUUACUAUCCACUAUCCACAGUGUAACAUCAAAUUAAAUGCUAAACAUUUUAAUAGGCUCUCUCUCUCUCUCUCCCUUUCUCUUUCUCUCUAUCUCGCCCUCUUGCUCUUUUAUUUUUGUAUCCCUCCAUUUCUCCCUCACUCACUCUCUUUUGUCUUUUUCGAUCAAUCUCUUUCUCUUUUUUUUUCUCACUCUCUUUUUCUCUUUCUUUCUCUUUCACUUGGACAGCUGAAGUAAGAGAACUACACACUUGUCAAAUAAUAAUAAAUGUACUAAGAACAUAGACACACGACUAUAGACACACGUAAUUCUCUAGUGAGAUAGGUAUAACAUAUAAACUACAAAUACAACAACUGUUCCACUACUGUUCUACUAAUUAACUGUUGACCUAUGAACUCCAGACCUUAGACUUUUCUAUUCCGUGUUCACGUGCUUGCGCUCACUAACCUAUAUAGCUCUCCUGCCAACACAAAUUAUCUGCAUAACUUUAAACUAGAUCACAAUGCCAACUUUUAUCUUAGUAUAUGUAAUGAUGUUGAAAAAUGUAGUCCAUUCUGUUCUUACUCAAACUUGAACUUUUUUUUUUUUUUUUUUCAUCUUGUUUAGGUUUAUAAGCACGCUUCCACUAUCUUCACUAAAACGAGGAUGUUGGUUGACAUACAAUUUAUUCUGCACAUAAAAGAAUUGAAUUUCUUUAUUUUCUAGAAUACUCUAGAUACAAACACUAAAACGAGAUUACAAAGAUAGUUUGAGUUUUAAAAUUUAAAUGUUACAGAGGUUGGACAUAUGGACGGACAGACAACACAAAACUUAUAGCCACAGAAAAUAGAUUUUCUGUACGAAAUGAGAUUUUUUUUUAAACGUUGGUUUGUGGAAAAAGAGAAGUCUGCUGAAACUACACUUUAUGAUACAGUAAACAUAAAUAAUAACUAUUACAAAUAACCAAUGCAGACAUAGUUCAAAUUAAUAAAGCUUGAUUAAGAUAAUUACAUUUGAAAUUAAUUUGAUUCUUAGCAUUAUCUUAUGUCCCAAUUUACAUUAUAAUUUGGUUUAAAAUCCUACGUCAAAUAAU